GGGUUCAUGGUGUUGACGGUUUGGACUCUGUGCCUGUGCUCACAUUCUUUCUCUGUGUCUGGACUCUUGUGCUCGUUUUUCUGUUGUAUACUCUGUGGUGUUGUGUAAUUUUCUUUCGUGCAAGGCUGACAUUACAACGAGCACAUUUUGGGAAGCUUCAAAAUGCAGAUCUUCGUGAAAACCCUCACGGGCAAGACCAUUACACUCGAGGUGGAAGCCUCUGACACUAUAGAAAAUGUGAAGGCUAAGAUCCAGGAUAAGGAAGGUAUCCCACCAGACCAGCAGCGAUUGAUCUUUGCCGGUAAACAAUUGGAGGAUGGACGCACCCUGUCUGACUAUAACAUUCAAAAGGAAUCUACCCUGCAUCUAGUCCUCAGACUACGUGGAGGUACUAUUGAGCCCUCUCUCAGGAUUUUGGCCAUGAAAUAUAACUGCGAUAAAAUGAUUUGCCGCAAAUGCUAUGCACGUCUUCACCCUCGUGCUACCAACUGCCGCAAGACCAAGUGCGGACACACCAACAAUCUGCGCCCCAAGAAGAAGAUCAAGGACUAAUUUCAUUUAUUACAGAAAGCUACUUGCUUAUGCAAUUAAUGUUAAAUUUAAAAAUUAAACAAUAAAAAGUGUAAAACUUGCAAA